CGUUCGUGCGCGGUUUUGUAUUCCUUUCCUUUAACUCCACUCAAUUGAAGUGCAAAAGUGAAUUUAUUAUUCCGGUCGGGAAGCUCACGCUGUCCAUAAUGCACGCUAACCAUUGAGCUAGCUAGGAAUUACAUUCGAUUUCGCAAAAGAUAACGCCGCGUCGAGCGGAGCAUCCGAUUGGAACAGAACGAAAAGGUGGCUUGUGCGAGGGGCGGCGAAAAGCAGUGCAAAAAUAUUGUUUUUCCACAUCCGGGACAGACAGACGGAUAACGUCAUACAGCUGUUACGGUUGCUGCGCCCUGGGAAGCUGCGUCGAAAAAGCUGCCAGCUCGUGUGUGAAAGCAAUCGAUAAUAACACAAAGCUAGCGCGGGUGGUAAAAACAACAGCUGGUGUACUGCGGGGCCCGAGAGCGGCAUAAUAUUUUCAUUGCAACUGGUUUAGAUUCACCAGAAUCAUUAGAAAUUCAACAGCAGUGCAAACGUGACUGUGCCUUGCAUAAAAAUAUAAUACGGUGAAAAUUGAUGGUGGCUUCGGUUGUGUAGUUCCAGCUGCACCUCGAGAGUCCUUGGUGGAAUAUUCCAGGAUUCCUAUAGCAACGCACGGCUCCCCAGCAACCGCCGCAACAACGAAACGUACCUUCGCGACCGAAACUAAGGAAACCACCUACGACUAGGAAAAGUCGGCCUCGUCUACAUACUCAACAACGCCUGCUCAGUGUCUUUCUGUGCUCUGCUUGAAAAAGCAGUGCGUGUUUCCAUCGAAAAGAGUAGAACCGGCAGAAAACCACCACCUGAUUCACCAGCAUGGCAUCUGGAUCCGUAUCCGUUUCCACAGGAACAAAAACUACCAACAAAACGGGUAUCACCGGAACGUCCGGCGCCGGGGUAACCACGGCCGGUGGCGGUGGGGCCAACCGUAAAAAAUCCGGCCCGAAGUUCGAGCUGUCCGACGAGCAGCGGCAGGACAUCAAGGAAGCAUUCGAUCUGUUCGACUCGGAGGGUACUGGCAUGAUCGACACGAAGGAGCUCAAAGUGGCCAUCCGAGCACUCGGGUUCGAGCCGAAGAAGGAGGAAAUCAAAAAGAUGAUCGCCGAAAUCGACAAAGACGGCUCCGGGAAGCUGUCGUUCGAUGACUUUGUCCAGCUGAUGACCGUUAAAAUGGCGGAGAAGGACUCGAAGGAGGAGAUACUGAAAGCGUUCCGGUUGUUCGACGACGACGAGACAGGGACCAUUUCGUUCAAGAACCUUAAACGGGUGGCCAAAGAAUUGGGUGAGAAUUUGACCGACGAGGAGCUGCAGGAAAUGAUCGACGAAGCCGACCGGGACGGCGAUGGGGAGGUGAACCAGGAGGAGUUUUUAAGGAUCAUGAAGAAAACGAGCCUCUACUAAGGACUAGGUGUGCCAGAAAAAAACGAAUUGAAAACCGUGCGGCGCUAUCAUAGCGAGUACCUAAACUAUGCAUUUAAUGUUACAGUAAGCAGGUUAGGCAGUAUUUGUUUAAGCAACCGAUAUCUUAAAUUAAAAUUUUUAAAUUGAGUUCACAUUACUUUUAACAUAAGCUAUAAUUUUAAUUAUAUUAAAGCGUGAAUGUUAACCUUAGAUUCUGGAAAUGUGGGUUUCACCUAAAAAAGAUAUUUUUUUAAUUUUUAAUGCAUCUUCUACACCUACAUCACCCCGUUCUCCUCAAUAAUGAAUGAUUUUCUCAAAGAGAGCUACUACAGAACGUUUGUCAAACGAAUAACUUAUAAUAAGAGGGUAAAAACAAGCGAAAGCUAUCAGUAGAGAUGAAAACAAUAUUUAUAAUCUGAUAGGAGUUCGAUUUAAAAAAAACAACACAACUUCGUCACAGCUCGCAAACACUGCACAAAAAAAACUAUUACUUAUGAAGCGAUAAAAGAGAAACGAACCGUACCAGAGACUUCUUAACCUUCCUCCAACACGUUAUUCAUAAUAAGUAGAUUAAAAAUCCCACCUAUUUGACUUUUCUCUGUCUCACAUUUGCUCCGAGACGAGCUGGAACACCGAGCCUGUUGUAGUAGAACAUGUUUUCUCCCCUCAAACAAGUCUAAACCAAGUUCGUAUCAGUAGCAAACCGAUGCACUUUUAACUAGUUUUUUGGCUUCGGGUAGGAAAGUACCGCAGCUGGCCUAAAACGGUGGUGGGUAAGGGAAAUGGUUUGGAAACCACCGCGCAGUCCAGGUCCACCACUCUCUUCCGCUUAUCGCCCGCCGAAUAAAACGGGCAUACCAAUAGAAGACUCAACCUCUUAUUAUGCUUCCACAUUAGGCAAAAGACCAGACAACGGCAGCACGAUCAAUGGCGGUGCUCCGGGUAGGGACGCGGAAUGCAGCAUCAUGCCGGUCGUACGUUGUGUCACGGGCGCGACGAUGAUUUAUUGGGUAGGAGAGUUAAAAAAACAAAUGCGCUCUACGGCUUCUUUUAGGCUGAUAAGGCGCGCUCUGAUGUAGUGAGUUCAUGAAACAAAACGAGAAGAAAUCUUAAGAGCAUAAACCGGAAAGUGUACGUUUGUGAGGAACGGGGGAAGAUGGAGAGGGAACUGCAUCGGAUGAGCUGUGGAUGUGGGACGAAGACGAAGUGAAAGGGAUUUCAGCGUGUCUAAUAGAGCUUGUGGAAUCGUGUCGUUGGAAUCGUGCGUAUUUUCUUCGCUCGAGUAGAAGCGGGUAGCUUGGGAGAAAGGUUUGAUCAAUGCUUCGACCCCGCGUUGUUGUGCAAGAGGGAACCCGAACGGGAAACGAAUGUCAAAAAUAAAUAUUGGGAUAUAUUUUUCUUCC